AUGAUCCAGGAACAUACGCAGUUGUCAUUCUAUAGCCUGAUCGUACUGGUAGUGAAAUUAGAAAUCGUAGAGAGAGCAGACACAGGCAUCAUAAUAAUAGAGAACAGCAUUCCAGGUAGAGCAACAGAUAAAGUUAAAACGACAGAUUUCCCUUCUUAAUUGAGAAUAACUUUUAACAUGCAUGAUAUCUACAUUGAUGAAAUAUCAAAUACUGAAAAUGAUGAAUAGUCUCAUAGAAAUUUAUAAGUGAACACAGUACUCAAUUCAUAACCUUCCUCUUCCAGAAAUUCUUAAAAUGUGCCAAAGAAAAAAUAGAGGAAGCUAGAAAAAUUGAUGUUAACCUUCACAAUGAAAGGAGAGUUCGACAAAGGAUUUGCUGAGUUUGGAGAGAAUAAUUGUGUCAUCUGUUUUGAUGACUAUGUAAAUAAUAAGAUCAUAAGGAAGAUUAAUAGAUGUGGCCAUCUGUUUCAUAGCGAAUGUCUGGAUAAUUGGAUUAUAUAACAUUUAAGCGAUCCAAAAUGCCCUCUGUGCAACUUAAAUAUAAAAUUUGAUGAUGAAAGAGAAAAUAAUUGA